GCCGGCCGCAAGGCGCAUGCGCAGAGCCGAGCCCGGUCCGGGCAGCUUGGGGCCGGCCUCGGGGCUGGCCGGACGCCGCAGGAAACUACAAUGGAGAAGAUAUUUUCUGUGGCUCUGCUCUUCACAUUAGUCAUGUCAGUGUUAGGGAACCAUCAUGGAAUGGAACCAGAAAAAAGUGUUCCCAAUUGGGCAACUCAUAUUAAUGUUGAUUUGGCAAUUGGUACUCAGCGGCAGCACUUACAGGAACUUUUCCAUCGAUACGGCGAGAAUAAUUCCUUGACAGUUGAAGGAUUUAGAAAAUUGCUUCAGAAUAUAGGCAUUGAUAAAACUAAGAGAAUCCAUAUAAAUCAUGACCAUGAUCAUCACCAUCAUCACCAUGGUACCACAAAUAAAAAUACUAAGAAAACCGCGUGUCCAGAUCAUGAAUCUGGUGGUACAAUUAAAGAUACCAGGAAUAGCCAGAUUAAAGGACUACACAAAUCAGAAAAUAUUGAGAGCCAGCCAAGCAUUUUGGUCAAGGACAGUAUUAGUGAGAUGACCACAGCUAUUUACAGUACUGCCAUAGAAGGAAAUCAUUUCCUAAAGACUACCAAACAGCUUCUACCCAAAGAUUUGAACGGUUCCUUGGCACCCAGUACUAUGGAAGGUAAUGGUGUGAGCUUGCUGGCAAAAGAAAAAGCAAAUGAAUCUGUUGUGAAUGAACCAGACCGAGGAGGAAGCUCUAUAUAUUCUAAGCAUUCCAACCAAAACGUCCAGGAGUGUUUCAAUGCAUCAAAACUUCUCCAGUCUCAUGGAAUGGGCAUACAAGUAUUGCUGAAUGCAACAGAAUUUAAUUAUCUUUGCCCAGCUAUUAUCAAUCAGAUUGAUGGCAAAUCCUGUAUAGUUCAUGUAACCAGUGAAAAGAAGACUGAAAUCCCUCCCAAGACCUAUUCUUUACAAAUAGCUUGGAUUGGUGGAUUCAUAGCUAUUUCCAUCAUCAGUUUCCUUUCUUUGCUUGGUGUCAUCUUAGUACCCCUGAUGAAUCGUGUGUUUUUCAAGUUUCUUCUAAGUUUUCUUGUGGCUUUAGCUGUUGGGACAUUAAGUGGUGAUGCCUUUUUGCAUCUUCUCCCACAUUCUCAUGCAAGUCACCACCACAGUCAUAGUCAUGAGGACCAACCCCUUCAAGCAAGCAGAGGACCACUGUUCAGUCAUCUGUCUUCUCAAAAUAUAGAAGAAAGCACUUAUUUUGACUCCACUUGGAAAGGCCUUACAGCUCUAGGAGGCCUGUAUUUCAUGUUUCUUGCUGAACAUUUAAUCACAUUAAUCAAACAAUUUAAGGACAAGAAGAAAAAGACUCAAAAAAAGCCUGAAAGUGAUGAUGAGAUGGAGAUUAAGAAACAGUUGUCCAAGUAUGAAUCUCAGAUUUCAACAAAUGAAGAGAAGUUAGACACAGAUGAUCAUGCAUGCAGCUCAGGUAUCAUUCCACCUGAACUGAAGCCUUUCUUGACACUGCCUCCAAAUAUUAGAAUCCCACCUACCAAACUUAAUAAAUGUCAUUCCCAUUUCCAUGAUACUCUAGGCCAAUCAGAUGAUCUCAUUCAUCAUCAUCAUGAUUACCAUCAUAUUCUACAUCACCACCAUCAUCAGAAUCAUCAUCCCCACAGUCACAGUCAGCGCUACUCUCGGGAAGAGUUGAAAGAUGCUGGCAUAGCCACAUUAGCCUGGAUGGUGAUCAUGGGUGAUGGCUUACACAAUUUCAGUGACGGCCUAGCAAUCGGGGCAGCUUUUACAGAAGGAUUAUCAAGUGGUUUAAGUACUUCUGUUGCUGUCUUUUGUCAUGAAUUACCUCAUGAGUUAGGUGAUUUUGCGGUUCUGUUAAAAGCUGGCAUGACUGUUAAACAAGCUGUUCUUUAUAAUGCCCUGUCAGCCAUGCUGGCUUAUCUUGGAAUGGCAACAGGAAUUUUUAUUGGUCAUUAUGCUGAAAAUGUUUCUAUGUGGAUAUUUGCACUUACUGCUGGCUUGUUCAUGUAUGUCGCUUUGGUCGAUAUGGUUCCUGAGAUGCUACACAAUGAUGCUAGUGACCAUGGAUGUAGUCGCUGGGGAUAUUUUCUGUUACAGAAUGCUGGGAUACUACUGGGUUUUGGUAUUAUGUUACUUAUUUCUGUGUUUGAACAUAAAAUUGUAUUCAGUAUAAAUUUUUAAGUUGGAUCAUUAAUGUUAGAAUAAAUCUUUUCUACUUAUUUGUUGCUCUAUUUCAGAUAUAGGUCAUAGGGGAGCUGGGUUUUGUUGUUUUUUGUUUUGUUUUUUAUGUGCUUCAUAGAGUUUAUACUUAGUAGUACUUGAAAUUUUAUAUUAAGUAUUGCUGUUGGUUAUGACUGUAAAAUUAGCUACUGAAGUAACAAAAGGUACGUUUAAUGAUGUUUAAGUUAUUCUGUUCUGGAAAUAUAGCUGUGAUGUUAAGGUUCACCAGUAUUUACAGCUUUACUGUGUGGACAAGUGAUGUGGUAUGGCAUGGCAUGUUCUAUAUAUAGUUCAGUUUAAAAAAAAACAAAACUUUUUUCUCUGAUUCCUUCAGAAAUUACUUUCUAACAUAGUUUUGCUCAUACCAGAUUUUAAACCUCUGAAGUUCUUCUGUAAUCAGGGGUAGUGGAGUCCUCAGUAUCCUAAGAUAUGCUAUCUGUGGGAAAUGGAAGAUCUAUAUACUUGAAAUCAAGAUGAGAAGGUGUAGAGUUUGAGUUUGAGAAAGAAAGGGACCUGUGAAGCAAGAAUGGUUGACAAAAAGUCACUCACUAUUUAGCAGGUGAGGAAAGAAAAGAAUGUGAAGGCUUUGAAGUUGAGUGAAAGUUUAAUGGGUACACUGCAGGAAAAAAAAAACAUUUUGGGCAUUGCUGUUUUAAUAUUCAUACUAUACUCAGGUAUAUACCUAGCCUUCUUUUUGUAAUAACAAAAAAUAUGAAUAGCUUGAAUGAGAUCAUCAUAACAUCAGGCAAUGUAAUGGUUGACUGGAAAAUCUGAAGUCCUAAACCAUAGUGUGAUGGGAUAUGAAGUUUAAACAGGAAACUCUUACUUCUCCAGAAUAGUUAGGAAAUGGGAUGUUCUUACUACUUGUGACUUGCCCUACAUGGCUAUACCUACACUGCUAAUUUUCAAAGGAUUAGAAUACAAUUACUUGUAAUCACAACUGCAAGUACUAAAUCCAGGAAACUAUUAAGCACAAUUUGAUCUUUCUUUGCUAAUUAAGAAAGCACUUCAUGAUCUUGAAAAGCCUCAGGGUCAACAUUUUGGACAUUACUUGUUAUUUUAUGGUACUUUAGUUGUGACCCUGUGGCAUGUCCUGAGAAGUUUGUUUGUUCUUUAAAUAAAUCUUUUGUAUUGGUU